UAACUACUUGUGUUUAUCUGUUUUCAUUCCUUCAAAAACCGCGUGUUCGUUACCUCGCAACUCAACUGACGUCUGUCGACUUCAUCGUCUCUCUCGUAUACGUUCUGUUCGCGUUCAUUCACUAAAUUCUCAGUGUUUUGUACCCCAUUUCAUUCAAUAAUACACUUACAUUUAUUCAUCCCGAGGCCGUUUUCAGUUACCGAAAAAAAAAAAAAAUCAAAAAUGCCAGCUGAUCAAGAAUUGAACCAAGUUUUGGUGAGGAGACAAGAGAUCAACGAAGCCCUCGACAACGGGGAUGAGGUAAAAAUCAAAUACAGGGUAGUGAAUGUUUACACUGAAUUCCACGAAUUCACCAGGAAGGAAAUCAAGAGUUAUGAAGCUGCAUUUAAAAAAUUUAAUACGAAUAAAGACGACUACUUAAGCAUCGACGAACUUAAACGCAUGAUGGAAGUCUUAGGAGCACCACAAACUCAUUUAGGUCUAAAGGCGAUGAUUAAGGAGGUCGAUGAAGACGGAGAUGGUCGUUUGUCCUUCCACGAAUUCAUGUUGGUAUUCCGCAAGGCUCGUGCUGGAGAAUUAGAGGAAGAUUCAGGUUUGGCACAACUGGCAAAGUUAACAGAGAUCGAUGUUGAUAAAGUUGGAGUAAAUGGAGCUAAAGAAUUUUUCGAAGCUAAGAUUGGUGAAUUGGCGAAGAAGAGCAAAUUCGAAGAUGAGAUCCGUUUGGAGCAAGAAGAACGCAAACGGCUCGAAGAAGAAAAAGCAACCAGACGACAACAGUUUUUGGAAAAAGCUGCAAUGUUUAAAUAGUGAUAGUGUUGAAAAUAAUUUAUUUAGCCAUGUAUUCGUCGCAUUUUAGUCAUUCACCAGUGUUCAAAAUUAACUGAACUGAAUAUUAUAUUAUCUAGGAAAGUAUGCUUCACUAUAUUAUAUUCCUUGAUUUCUAUUAUGAUGAAACAUAAUAUAUACUUGUAUACCGAACUGAAAAGCAUAUACAGAACUUUAUCAUAUUCAACAUUAAGACACUAAAAUAACAAAAAAUCAAUGUUUGUUUUUGGAGUUACUUUGAAUAAUGAGGCAAAGUAAAAUUUUGAUUACUCUUAUUUUGUUAAUAACAUCAAUAACAACAAAACAUGUGAACGUUAAUAAUCCGUUUAAUAUUGACACAAGACAGAUAAGUAAUGACAUUCCUCAUGCUUAAAUAGUCAAUCAUCCAUAAAGGAUUCCAGUUUACCUACUAAUAGAAAAUUAUUAUGUCGGUUCGCUAAACUCAGACACAACUGGCUAGUGAUUUUAGUAAGUAAUUUAGCCAAUUUGGCAAAAAUUGGCAAAAAAAAAAUAAUUACUAAAUAGUUAAUAAUUACUAAAUAGUUAGUAGUUUUGCCAAUUUUGGCAAAAUUGGCCAAAAACAAAAAAAAAUUACCGACUAAAAUCACUAGCCAGUUGUGUCUGAGUUUAACGAACCGACAUACAGUUGAGUCCGCCAAUCUUUACCCGUGCGUCAUCAUUUAAAGCAUACGAAAUAAGUCGAUGAUAGUAAAUUUCAAUUUCCGACUUAUCAUCGACUUAUUUCGUAUGCUUUAAAUGAUGACGCACGGGUAAAGUUUCGCGGACUCAACUGUACUCACAAUUCCUUUAAAAUGCUAUGUAUGAUACAACUUACAUCGUUGUAAUAAUAUUGCUAUGGCUACCAUUUAAAUAAUUUUGAACAAUUGGUGAAGGGGGACACAUGCAUUUAUUAUAAAAGCUUUUAUUGUUAUAAAACUUGAUAAGUCAGUGAUUUGUUACUAAAUGAGGCGACAAUAUGGCUGUAUAAAAGCAGAAUCUUUGGGUUUUUCGAAUUUACAUUUAUUGAAUUUUACUAAUAUCAGAGAAUCACUUUGUAUGCAAUCAGACAAUCAGUCCAUUUCAAAAUCGUUUUAUGUAUGACCGAUGUUUUUAAAACUGACAUAGAAUAAGUAAGUACUUCUUAUUCUGUGUCUAUAGAGAAAUUUUUUGCAAGUAGUUCAAUGAUUUGUUCACAUUACCUGCAUUUUAAUAACAACCAAGAUAGUGUACCAUAUUAUAUUUUUUUGGUCUCCUACACUUUUGUCAAUAUUUUUAUAGAACUGGUAUAAAUUACUUGCAAAAAUUUUAUUCAAGACUCUGCUUCAUUUUACAUAAAGGUAUUUUGGACUAAUAAUCAUUAAUUGCGACUAAAAAGUUAGGAAUGCUUUUUUGAUCGUAUGACACCUGUGAAACAAAUAAACAUUCUUCACAAAGUAUUUUUUACCAAAGACAAAGACUCUUUCCCGCUUCGGGAUUGGAAGUAAUAAUGACUAUGUUUUUUAAGUUAUGACUUCAAGCUAGACUAUUAUAAGUGAAUGAUAUUAAGAUCUGACUUAAGUCAUUAAGGAGUUCUGUUUUUUCUGAUCGCUGACUCUACUUAUGUAUCUUAUUGAUCGUAUAUUUAUCUCUCUGAUCCUUUCAGAUGUGUUUACGUUAAAAUUAGGUUUAUUUUAUAACCUUUCUUACAAGCAAGUACACAUAGUAAUUUCUUUAUAUUAACUACACUAAUUCUUCUUCAGAAGGUCCCGUCUUCUACUGAAUUCUCCAAGUUUCUCAUUCAAGAAGUUCGUUUUCCUUAACACCGUGUAGCUUUUAUUUUACCUGUCAUUAUGCUUUGUAGUACCUACUGCAUAUUUAGAAUCUCCUCCUGCAGUUCUAUAUUAGUGUUUCUUUCAGUUUAUAAUAUCCCUAGUAUUGCCAAUGAAAUCACUUUCAUCUGCUUUGAGUCUAUCAAGUUUGAACUUUUUUAGCAUUCAGGAUUACAAACCGUAAUUUUAGUAUUUUUGUUAUAAAUACAUGAUUAUUUUUGAUACAGAAAACUCUCUUGGGAUUUAUGAAUACUGACCUUUGCGUGCUUUUAUUUCCGGUAGGUACUUAUCUCCGUGGCAACUUCAUAUAAAUAUACACUAUCCCUGCAUUUUGGUCUACCUCUUGGUCUAGUUUCCUCAGAUUUCGCCAGUACAAUACGCCGUGAAGAGUAGCUCAAUAGUUUGUUGUUAGAAAGCAUUGAGUGUUUGAUUAGUUCCGAUAUUAACCCUUAAACGCCCAAGGAUGGGUAAAAAUGUGUAAACAGUUAACGUGACUUUUAACUAAUAUUCUUGUAAUUUGAUCUAAAAUCCCCAACCAAUAAGUCUGUUGGUUUGGAAUUUGAUUAAAUGAAUUUACUGAUUUUAAUUAGGCAUUCUUUACAUGUCCAAAUGUGGUACAAUUGGAAAUAAAACUGUGAAACAUAUACAAGAAAUGUGAAAAUAGAGAUAUGCCAUAUCAGAAUAAGAGUAUUUCGGAUAUGGUUUCGAAUAAAUCUAUAGUAUUCUUAAAAUUCUGAGUCUGCCUAUUCCAUGGACAUCCAAAUAACUAGGAAUAUACCUAUAUAUUUAAUACUGAUUUGAAUUCAUACCGCCAUCUAUUAUUUUAAUCACUGACUUACCGACGUUCCCUGUACAAUGACUUUCCAGUCACCUUACUUAUACUUUAUACUUUUAUGAAAAACAGUCUAAAAUCAGAAAUAUUUCAUUGUCUUAAUAUUUUACAUAUAAUAUUUCAAUAAAAGUUUAUUUAAAACUUCAAUAUUUCAGUUACAUGUCUGUUCUAAUACACAUAUUUCUACAAUGAAUACGGUUCUGAUUUUCAUGAUUAUUCAAAACAUUUUAUUCUCAUUUAUAAAUUUCUAUUUUUAUUUCAUAAGACAUACUUUUACAUUAAAAUUUAUUUGUAUAUAUUUUCAUAAUUAUAACGACAAAUAGAUAUCUUGACUAUUUUCUUUACGUUAUUUUUAGGCUUAUGUGUAAAUUGUGAUAAUUAUUUUUGUAUAGAUGUAUGAAUAAAACACAUCAAUAAACUA